CAGUAAAUAGAGCGCACUGCGUCUUUAAGAGCUCGUCGUCGAGGACCUGGACGCGUCUGAUCCCGUGGACCGGACUCCGGACGACAACAGAGUUCGGUGCGAGACAUAACAGCGAUUCAAAACCACCGACACAAGCCUCGUUCCGAGCGGACUCCUGAAACCAGCACUGUGGCAUGGGAAACGGAAUAAAUAAGGUUCUGCCAGACCUGUACUUGGGUAAUUUCAAAGAUGCCAGAGACAGGGAGCAAUUAGCCAGAAACAACAUCACUCACAUCCUCUCCAUCCACGACACCGCGGCACCCAUUCUACAGGAGAUGACUUAUCUCUGCAUCCCCGCAGCAGAUUCUCCCACGCAGAACCUCGUUCAGCAUUUUGAGAAGAGCAUUAGGUUCAUACACGAGUCUCGACUGAAGAGGGAGGGCUGUCUGGUGCACUGUCUGGCCGGCGUGUCUCGCAGCGUGACUCUGGUGGUGGCGUACCUCAUGACCGUCACCUCUCUGGGAUGGCAGGAGGCUCUGGCUGCGGUGAAGGUGGCCAGGCCUUGUGCUUCACCCAACAUGGGCUUCCAGAACCAGCUGCAGGAGUUUGAGAGCGGACAGCUUCAGCAGUUCAGAGACUGGCUGAAGGAGGAGUAUAAAGAAAACCCGUUCGCUGACGAGGAGGAGGUCAGUAACCUGCUGGCACAGAUCCCCGGCUCCUCUGCUCCGGACGACCACGACCUUCAGCACUGAGACCUCUCACACACACACACACACACACACACACACACACACACACACACACACAGCAUUCCCGCCGUGUCCUUGUGACUCAUCGUCACGCGACACGCUGAUUGUGUUUGUUACGGCACAGCACUGUUUAUUAACUUAUGGACACUUUUUGUAAAUAAGACAUAUUCAAGGUUUUAAUGUUUACUACUGAUGCGACGUUUAAAGCGCAUUUGCAUUUUGUUGUUCAGUCUUCGGGGUUAUAUUAUAAAAACGGAUUUGUACUACAA